AUGGCUUCACCAGCGGAGCUUAACCGCCCCUCCACGGGGCCCUCUUCUCAGCCGUCCAAUGAAGAAGGUUCCGGAAACCUUUCACCCCAACAGGACACAGAAGAAUAUGUACUGACAAGGAGUUAUGGUCUGGUCUACAGGAGGAGACGUGGAGUGAGAACCAUGGCGAGUCUUAAAAGAGACCUCAAAGGCCUGUUUCCAAUAUGGCUGAGGCGAAGGAAUGAGGCUAUUCAAAACCGCAAGAAGAACAAGCAAGAGCCAAUAAUUGAUUGUGACUGUAGUGAUUGCCAAUCAAAUCCAGGUCUUUCUGGUAUUAUUAAGGAUUAUGAAGCGGUUUUGGCUGCCUUGCCUAAGUUGCAAGAGUGUCAGCCUGAAGACUGA